AUGCGACGAGACGAUCCCGACGUCGAUCGUUAUUCGGUGCGAUCUCUCGUCCGGACAGAAUACGGGGAGUUCCUGCACCGACCGAACGAGAAGUACACGGAUUACGUCGAAGUGAGAGAAGAGAUCGCGGACGCGACCGAGAAAGAAUCCGGGGACAAGGCCAUCUCCAGCAAACCGAUCAAUCUCCGCCUCUAUUCUCCUCACGUUCUUCAACUGACUCUGGUGGACCUUCCCGGAAUGACGAAGGUACCGGUCGGGAACCAACCGGACAACAUCGAACAACUCAUCCGGGACAUGAUAUUGGAGUACAUCGAGCCGGAGAACACGCUGAUCCUGGCCGUGACUUCCGCCACCGAGGACCUGGCCAAUUCCGACGCCCUCAAACUCGCCCGACAAGUCGACCCAAACGGAGAGAGGACGAUCGGAGUGCUCACGAAGUUGGACCUGAUGGACAGAGGCACGGACGCACGCAACGCCUUGGAGAACAAGCUCUUCCCCCUCAAACGGGGAUACAUCGGGGUGGUGAACAGAUCUCAGGCGGAUAUCACCAGCGGGACGGACAUGGAUGCCGCCAGGGACGCCGAGGCGGCGUUCUUCCGAGAUCAUCCGGCCUACAGGUCCGUUCCCGGUCCGUUCUUCCUUCCUUUCGGACCGAACGAUCCUCGAGAAGGAACGUUCCCCGGGAGAGAAGCCCGGGAAGGCGAGGGAAAAGAGGGAAAGGAAAGGGAAGGGAAGGGAACGAAGCAAUUAGCGAACGGAGGAACGGUCGAAGCCUCGGUGGAAGCUUUCCCCUUCGCCUCGACGAGAUGGGCUUCGUCCGGGGCUUCGUCCUCCGUCGGAACCAAGAGGAGUCGUCCGUUUCCACGGUUCGGUCGCGAAACGGCACUCUCGAGGGUGCUUCUCCGUUUCCGACCCGGAUUUCCGUCGCCCGUGCGCGUACCGGAGAAGCAUCGCGAGAAGAGGAAAACGGAACCCAAAAGAGUCGACCGACGAGAACGGCGAGGGGCGAUCGCGAAGUCCGAUAGAAAAAACGGAGGAAGUGGAUUCGGAUUCCGUUUGGAGCAGACGCCGACGAACGGUCGGAAGACAGAAACUCGGCGUUUCCCUGCCGGCGUCCGCGUGACCCUUCCCCGAAUCUCGGCGAGAAAGAAAUGUCCUACGAAGACCUGGGAGAGCCUCGGCUCGUUCUCGGACGGUCUCCCACCGUUCACCGGGUGCUUCGAAUUCCAGCAGUCGGAGAUCGAACGUCGAAUUCGGAACCUCACGGAUCGGGUGGGGACGAAGGUGCUCCAAAAGGUGCUCAACCGUCAACUGGAAGAGCACAUCAAGGAGAAACUGCCGGGUAUCCGAUCCAACAUGCUGCAAAAGAGAUGCAAUCUCCAGGAACAGCUUCAGAUCUUGGGCGCCACCGACACGAAGAUGAAAAGCAGCAACUCUCUCUUCCAUCAGUCCGAACGUUCCGCUCUCUUCGGCUCCGGGGUCGAACGAAAAGCAUCGUUUGCCUUUUCCCGUUUUCUCCUCUUCAGGGUCAUGUCGAGAUUCACGAAGAACCUGAAAUCCUGCCUGACGGGGUUCGACUAUUCGGUGGAGAUCAACGAGGUGCAGAUGGGGGCCGUCAUCAACGAGACCAUCAACGAGGAGAUCAUCAACGGUCUCCUCAACGAGGUGACGGUUUUUCUGGAGUUCGUGCGGCGUGGAUUCGCUCCUCGUCGGGAACGAACGAACGAGCGAGCGACGGAAUCGCGCGAGAGCCCGAGCGGAACGCGACGUCCGUGCGACGUCGCCGCGACCCGACUCGAGCCGAACGACGUCGCGGAGACGUCGCACGGACGGCGUUCCCCCAACCGACUGCGAUCGCGUAUCGCAGUGCGAGUGCCGGGGCUUUCCGACGAGCGGCGUACCACGUACGAAAGCGAGAAACUGGUGCCGACGAAGGAAGAGACGAUGACGGCCAUCAGGAACACGGUCGGGGUCCAGAACUACAUGGCACCGCCUCAACAGGUCUUCAAGAGGUUGGUCGAUCACACCACGAAGAGAUUCAAGGAGCCCGUCAAGAUUUCGGUGGAACUGAUCGCGGAACUGACGGGCAGAGCCGUCGAGAAAUUCGCCUCUCAGGAGAUCGGGUCCUUCCCGAACCUGAAGCAGGAAGUCCUCACCCUGAUCAUGGAGAAACUGAAACGGAACGAGUCCAGCUGCAAGGAUCUCUUGGUCGUUUACAUGGAAGCGGAAUGCGCCUUCAUGAACACGAAACACCCUCUCAUGAAGUGGAGCGACGUCCCGUCCUCUCAAAGGUCGAACGUUCGGCAGUCUUUUGAUUCCCGGGUCCGUUCGCGUCCGAGUGCCGGCGUCGAUCUCCCUCCGGAACCGGUGAGGAGAGGGGGAAUCCGUCGCGAAGGAGGAGGGAUUUCACCUUUCCACCCGCACGGAGAGGCGACGUGGCGACUCGUUCUCUCGGAGCUUCGAGGAACGGAAGACCGAUGGGUCGACGAGGAGAGUGAAUUCGUAUCUCUACCUGCAUCUAGCGCGAGGGAGUCGGAAGGAGGAAAGGGGGAUGCGACGUCGACGAUCCCGAACUCGUCGGGUCUUCCGCCCAGGCCCCCAAGGGGGACGCAGAGGAUCCAUCAGGGGUACCUCAACCUUCCGAGCGAAUCCGCCUUCACGAAGAAGAAGAAACCCGCCUGGUUCGCCGUCACUCCGGCUCAUCUCGUCGUCUUCAAAGACGAUCGGGAAGACACGGAAUUGAUACGACUGAACAACUCCGACAUCCGGAUCGGGCUGAAGAGCGACUCGAAGAAGGGGAGGAAGAAGUUCACCGUCUCGAGGAUCGAUGGCAGAAGGAGGAAGGGUGAUCCGACGAGGAACGGAUGGGGAUUCGGGUCUCGUGCCGCCGACGAGAACGUCGCGAGUCGCAGUCGAGCGCGGUGCAGGACGGGAAGGGAAAGGAAGGGAGAGGAAGAGAGAGGAAGGGGCCGAAAAAGAGGCCGAGGAGCCAAGGGAGUCCGAAUCCGAUCGUCUGGUCUUUUUCCGUCUCCGAGAUCCCUGGGGAUGGGGCGGGCGAGAGAGAUGGUGGCGGUCUACGACGGAAAGGAGGGGAAAGAGGUCGGGGACCAAUGGGAAUCCAAGUUGAAGGAAGCCGGGAUCCUCGUCGAGAAUCUCGGCAGCGCUCACACCCUCGUAAGACCAUCCCCUUUCUCUCCGUGCGAGAUUCUUCGCACGAACGAGUUCUGCGACCGUCUUCCGAUUCACGAUGCUGUCCUUUCCGUCGUCCCGGAUCCUCGGCAGUUCUUCGAGGACGAUCGCUCGUACGACGCGCUCGUGCCCCAACCCGGAGCCGCGAUGCAGCCCCGAAAGAUCGACUUCCCUCGGAAAUUCGCGUCGGACAAAACGCUGAGCCGAGAUGCGGAUCGAUUCUUGGAGGAGAUCCUCAAGUACAUGAGGAUCGUGAAGCAGACGAUCCAAGAUCUCACUCCCAAAUACAUCGUCCUCAAGCUCAUCGACCAAUUGAUGGUGUACAUUGAAGAGGAGCUUCCGGCGCAGAUCCAGGAGAGAAACGAUAUGGAGAAGCUGAUGGAACCAGGAGGGGACGCAGAGCAGAAGAAGAAGCAUCUGUUGAGCGUGUACAAUGCGACCGAGGAGGCUCUGGCCAUCAUGAACGCCCUGUCCUGGCCCAGCACCAAACCCCUUCCUUCCUGACGACUCUCUUUCUGACGAUUUUCCUCGUACCAGUGCACCUCGACCGUCCGUUCGUCCGUGUUGCCGAACACGGCCUAGCACCUCGUACCGAGGGACCGUAAUCCUCGGGGGCACGCGGACGACCGCACUCUCGACCGUCGAGUUCAAGACGAG